AUGUCACCGGAUAUGGUCUACUUCGCAGCGGCCGAGCGGAGCAUUAGCAGUACUCCCAAUGUCUACAUUUACUCCUUCAAGACCAUGAGGCUGUAUCGCAUUUUGCGUAAGGGCACCAGCAAGGGCUAUGCCUCGGUGGCCUUCUCUCCACACAACAAGGAAAUCUUCAGCAUUCGCUGGGGCCAAUUUCCAGGGAUGCUCACAUCUGUGGGCGUUGGCCAUAUUAGGUUCUGGAAGAUGGCGACGACCUUCACAGGGCUCAAGUUGCAAGGGGACCUUGGCAAGUUUGGUGCCUCCGAGCUCUCGGACAUCUCGGGUUUCGUGGAGCUGCCCGAUGGCAAGGCGCGCCACGGCCGCUGGGGUUGGGCGAUGAAAGGAGCUGCGUCGAGCUGCGUCGAGGUCAUCGGAAGCGGCGGAAGCAUGCGGAAGCACCAUGCGUAUGGUAAGCUGCUGCUCUGGGAAGGAGUCUUUGUGAAGGUGGAGCUGAUGCGGGCGAAAGAAGGUGUCACCCAAGCAGAAGCAGGAACCAGCAUUGCUGGAAGUCCACACAAUGGAAACAUCGAGGUGAUCUUGAUCGAUAAGGAAAAUGGCAUGGUGAUCUCCGGCGGUGAUGACGGUCAUUUGAGAUGGUGGCCUAUUGAAGAGAUUGACACAGCAGAGGCGGACUACGACAAUGGCAUUUUGGAGUUUGGCAUCCGAAUGCGGAAGGAGGUCCGAGUGCCUCCGGCUGGUGAGAUGAACCAACAUCCCGCGCACAUUCAGCACGUGGUGAUUGGUGAAGAUGAAGUCACCUGGCUGAUCCAGGACUCCAGGAAUGGCAUGAUUUGGAUCUACGACAUGGCGGCCAACACCUGCACGUCAGCCUUGAGCUGCCACAGUCAACAGGUCACGGGUUCGGUGGUCUCCUCCUCCUAUGCGGGCCUGGUGAUGUCUUGUGGCAUGGAUGGCACCGUGCGAGCCUUCAAUGUGUCACAACCCUGGGACAACGAGUUGUAUCGUGAUAUCCGACCUUUGCACAGUGCCAAAGUGGGGGCCACCUGCCUCGAUGCCACUCCAGAGUUGGUCGACCCCUCGAAGCGCACCGUGUGCGUGGGAUACACGGAUGGGACCAUCCGCGCCUUCACCGCUUGUUCCGAUGGCUUCUUGCAGCUUCAGGCUUUGAAACCGCACAACUGCAUGGUGAAGCAGCUGAAGUAUAGCCCUGAUGAAUUCAAUCUGCUGGCCACGCUGGGUGAGGACAACACAAUCUUUUUCUUCCACGUGCAACUGCUCUCAGAGCACGCGAUUCCUAUUGGGUUUGUGAGAAUCCCCGUGCAAGUGAACUACUUCGCGUGGGACGACACCACAGGAAAGGUGCUCUUGAGCUUGGGAGAUGGAUCACUGCUGGCCCUAAGCAGUCCAGAUAUUGAAUCAGUGAACAAUGGCGAAACGUACGAAAUCGAGGUGAACUACACUGCAGUGAUGCCAGACGUGCCGGAAAUUGAAGAGUCAGACGAAGAGGAGGAGGAGGACGAGGAAGACGGCGCAGAGGGGGAGGAUGCUGAAGCCAAGGAGGGCGAGGACUCUCCCCGGUCACCCACCUCACCGAUGUCACCGGUCUCAGCAGCGGAGACAGAGGGAGACGAGGAAGAAGGAAAGAAAAAGAAAAAGAAGAAGAAGGAGGAAAAGCCUAAGGAUGAGGAUGAGGACGGAGAACAUCAUGUUGAGGUGAUUGUCACUUCGGUGUCUCGCGCCAUCUUGAUCCCGUCUGAUAGUGAAGACAGUGAACGAAAGGUGGUUUUCACCGGCACCGGACGAUACUCUGGUGGUCUAUGGGAGGGCUCUUUGCUUGGAGUGGAGGAGCUGUUGCGAAUCUGGCUCAUCCCUCGCUUGCAUGGUGGCAUCUUCGCCUCGGUACACGUCUCCGAUGGCCUCAGCGGGGCGGUGAACUCUGUGUCCAUGCUGGAAGACGAGUCCAUGCUGUGUGCGGCGGCGGGGGACGGCUCCUUGGUGACCUUCCUGGUCUCCGAUGGCCUCUUGGAGUUGGCGGAGCUGAAGAGCUCAGGGAAGGAGAUCAACAUGGCCGAUGCGGCCCUGGAGCUGGAGGGAGCUAUCCCUGAGAUGCCUGACAUGUCUAUGGAAGGCUGGAGUUUGCCGCCCAAAGAGGCGCCAGGUGUCUUGGCCAUCAAUCCGGACAUCGUUGAUGCUGACCAGUAUUCCAUUCAGGACGCCAAGCUCAAGGCCGAGGAGGACAGUGCGAAGGCAGCCGCGGAGCUGAAGAAGCUCCGCGUCCGCGAACGCAUCAACGAGAUCCGGAACGAGCUGGUGGAACUCCAGGCCAAGAAUGGGCAGCUCUACGAGGCCCAGCUCUCGGAGGCCGACAUGGUGGUGGACCAAGAGUACAUCAAUCAUUUGAAAGAAGAUAUGGAGAAUCAGAUUGAGCAGGUUCGCUUCGAGCUUGCAUGGUCGGUGGAAUUUCAUGAGCGUGGCCUUCAAAAGCUCAAAGACUACUACCUGAAGCACGUGGACUUCGAGCGCAUCGAGGUGCUGGGCUUCCAGUCGGAGCACCGGGUCUCCACCUUCCGCUGUGCCAAGAUGUCCGGCGAGUUGCAGGCGAACCUCGCCAGGUUGCACGAGCUGAUUUUCGCGGCCGGGGACGGAGAUGGCGAUGAGGACGAGGACGAGGAGAACCAAGAUGGUUUCGGCUUCGAUGGGAAGUCCACUUUGCGAGGAAACAAGAUGGAGCUGGGCCUUGAUACUGAUGGCUUUGGCUCACCCAAUGCGGAGAAGACACUUUCAGGUGCCGAACAAAGAGAAUUGCGAAGACAGCAGAGGAUGGCUCGGAAGGCUCAGAUGCAGGAGCUGGAGCGCGCGAAGCCUUCGGAGUCCUAUGAGGCGCCUGAAGACCUUGAAGCCAUUGCAAAUGCAGAGGCAACCUUGGGGAACUACAUGCUGAAGACCAGCGAAGACUACCAGGUACCGGAGAACCAACGCAUGAAUGCGGAGAAGAAAAGACGGCAGAUGUUUCUGCUUGAGGAGUCCAUUCAUGCCAUCAAGACCGAGUUCAACCAGAGAGUCUUGGCAUUGAGGGACUUCCGGCAACAGGUCCGUGCCGAGGUGCAACGUGACCUUCAAGCUUUAGCGGAGAUUGAUGAGCAGCUAGGCACCACGACGGCUUGGGUGGUAGGCAUUCUGGAGAACCCUCCAGGUGCGCCUUGCGAAUUCCCUGAGACUUGCUUUGAGCUGCAAACCGCCGACAUCAAGGCCUUCGCUUCCAAACUUCGAGGUGACGCGGAGGAACCGGUGCUUGAAGAAUUAGAGCAAGAAGAAGACGAAGAGGAGGAAGGCUAUGAAGAUGGAGAGGUCAAACACGAAGCAGGCGAGGAGGAACCAGCUGAGGAAGCAGCGGAGGGAGCAGGCAAGAGAAGUUCCGUUGCCAAGAAGGCCAAGGGCGUCGCCUCACAGCCUUCGAUGCCCCUUAGUGGCAGGGCAGCGCUAGCAGCCCGUCGUGUGGGUCGCCUCACUUUGUGA